AACACCUGCCAAACUUCCAUUUCCAACGCCGCCACCCCCCAGUAAUCGUUAACAACACUGAUAAACAGAUUCGUGUCACGCGCCUGCCCUGACAGAACGCGGAGGAGCGCGAGCGCCGAGAGUUAUCACCGCCUUCUGGACAGUCCCGACAAUGGAUAAUCCGCACCAUCUCCGGUAAAUUCGAAUCACUUGUCUCUUUACUGGACGAAUUAUUACGGAAUAAAGCAAAGAAAUUCCACAGACUUCUGUGCAAUUAUCAACAUACAUUUCAUCCACAUUGUUUUAAAAGAAUGAAGAUGAGUCUGCACCUCUACAAUGGUUUAAUGACUGGAAAUCUUCAUCUGACAGGAAAGACAGGAUACAGAGGGAAAUGAAAGUUGCUGUUGGAUUUCCUUGGAUGUCUUCUUAGUUUACGGGCGUUGACAUUAGCCUAUUCAAGGCGUUUGGACCAUGAGGAGCUAAAAGAUGAAAGGUGGAGUUCAUCGCAAAACUGCUGCAAGUGCCAAAAGUGCAUCACUAAUCAUCCAAGAUCACUGAAGACUGACAAGAAAAACGUCCCGUGUUGCUGCUGUUAAGUCAUAGGUCUUCAGAAAAGAGCAGGAUAAUCAUUCUACUGUGCGGUUAAUUUUGAAUCACAUUACACUCAAGGGCAAACCUAUUGCUUUCUCAAGGGAGAAAGUGUAAUUUGGAACAUGUCAAACAAGUCACUCAAUUAUUUUUUUCUAUAUAACAACCGGAAUGGAGAGCAGCCUCUCUGGGACAAGUUUUGACGGCCCAAUUAUAGCAUCCAAAUGACCUUAAUUCAAGACACAAAGAACUGAGUUCAGUGGUUUAUGAGCUGAAUAGUCAUGAAGCUUGAACAUUUUAAUAAUUUGGAGAUAAUUAUAGAUCAUACAUCAUUUGUUGGUGUUCUGCCCCCCAGUGUCAGUUCCUAUGUAGGCACUACAUGGGUUGGGUUGCAUACUGUAGAUGCCUCAGCUCAGUCAGCAUUAAGACACCUGACUAUGCCCCUUUAUGAACUGAAAUCUAAUAAGCAGACAUAGACCACACAUUUGUAUGGCAUCUAUAAAAGAUAUUCACCUCCCUUUUUUGUAUUAUAUUAGAUUUUUCAUGAUUUAUUUUAUUGCAUUACAAUAUUUUUAUUAAACAUUAUGGAAAUUUGGCUAAGGAAUUGAACAUAGUAAUGAAGUCAAUCUGAAGUAAUUAACUCUCAUUUUUUAAUUUCUCAAAUUAAAAACUGGAUUAUAUUUUAGAUUAAAUAAUUGAUUUUUACUGAAAAGAAUAUUUUGUUCAAUGUCAAUUUCAAUGCAAAAUUUGUAAUUAUGAAUGUACAUGAUAUAUUCUGGGAUUUAUUAGAUGCUUUUUCAAAACAAACAGUCUUUGGGAGACAAUAUUAUGAGACAUGCAACACAAAGUUUCAAGAAAUGUUCAAUAUUUAUUGAAAGAAGAGAAGGGUUUUUGGAAAGUUAGCUUUUAACAAGUAAAGUAUUCCUGUAAAAGAUUUUCUUUUUAGAUCCGUAGUUGGAUUGGUCUUGUGAGCAGGCCCGGAUUGGCCAUAGGGAGGGCUGGGAGAAUUCCAGGUGGGCCGGUCUGUUUUUUUUUUUUUGGCCACGAGGGCCGGUGUUUUCAUGCCACCGGGUUGAAGGUUGCUGUCCCUAGGCUGCCAGCACUCACAGCUGCCCCACUUGCGGAAUUUGGGGGUGGGAGAAGUUGAUUGUGUCCUGAGUCCCGACCACUUAAUGGAAGAAUUCUUGCAUUAGUGUCCAUUAAAAUCUUAAACGCAGGAUACGCUGCUUUCUUUUGCUUUUUAAUGCUUGUGAACACGAGUUUCAGACGCACUUUAUCAGGGGUUUCCAAACUUUUUUUAAAAUAGAAUUAUAAGGGAAAACACAAACACAUUUGUUCCCUUUAAGUAGUUUUGGAAUAAAUGUAAUUGAAUAAUAUACCUUAUAUGGCAGGGCUGCAUGAUUUUGGCAAAAAUCAUAGCUAAUUGUUUAGGCUAGUGGUUCUUAAACUGGGGGCUGUGGUCCCCUGGGGGGCCCUGAGAUUGUGCCAUUUUAUUUAUAAAAUACAUUCAUUUGUCAUGAAUUGUAUGUAAUUAAACCUCAGAAAAAUAAGGCUACUAACCAGCAGCACUGUAUAUUUGAAUAAGUUUUGUUUAAUUUAAAUUUUAUGUUUUACAAUGUUUUAUGUGAUAAUUUUCUUUGGGGGGCCAAGGAGGGCACAAAUGGGGGCCACCAUUCACCAGGGGGGCCACACGCCGAAACAGUUUGAGAACCACUGGUUUAGGCUACUGAAUUUGCACUAAAUUGAAAAUGAUAUAUUUGAAAAUACAAUGAAUUGCAAGGCUGCAGAGAACAGUGCACUUUUGCAGACUUAUGUAAACUACUCUGGAUUUAAUGAUAAUAUUUUAAUAUAGUCAGUUGUGAACUAAAGUGAGCCAGUCUAAGGCAUGAAACUCCAGGGCUGAAAAUGAGUCCCACUCCGGCCCUGCUUGUGAGUUAUUAAGUUAUCAAUUACAUAAAUAAGUAAUAGUAUUUCAGUAAGUGUUUAGUAAUAGCAUGAGAUGCAUGAUUAGGGUUGAUUUUAUCUUAUUUUGUCCCCCCAAAUGAAUCUGUUCCCAUAAAUCUCUUUUGUCACAUAACUAAGCAGUCACCUGAAUUUAAAGCAGUCACCUGAAUCUGAAUCACCCGAAGCAGUCACGUGAAUCUACUCUUGAAACGUAGUUUCUAACUUCAUUUAACACUUUCCAUCCAUUUGAAUUAAUGUGAUUUAAUGUAAUCCUGCAAAAGAUUGAUCUCUCAGUGGAAGGUUAUCUCUGACACAAGGAGAUGAAACGAGAACGUUUUAAGCCCCCAGAACCAGAUGACCCUCUGUGCUGCUGUGGAGACAUCGACCAGCAAAGAGAAUACUGUUGCUGUGACUGUGAAGAACUUGAUGAUGCCUGUGAAAGAUUACUCAGAGGAGAGCCAGACAAACCGGACGUCAUCUCUCGUUUCAUCUCUGGUAUUGCUGAUCGCUUGGGAUUGCCUUGUUGUGCCAUAGGACCCAUUCGACUGGAGCUCUCGGCUUUACCUCCCAUGGUAUUUCUUCCUGGACUGUUGCGGGUAGCUGCAAUAAAUUGUUUGUUGGGAGUCGUAAUCUUGACCGCCAUACCAGUACUGGUGCUUUGGUAUUACUACGUAACUCACAAAAGGAAAAGACGCACACAGUUUUUUCUUAGUUUGGCACUUUUCUCCCUUGCCUAUAUGUAUUACCUUUUCCUCACUGAGAUUCUUCCCAGAGGAGAUGUAAGUAAUCUGCAGCUGGUUACCGCGACGACGGGCAUGGUGUUGACGCUCAUCUCACUUGUGCGCACCAAACGGGGGCCAGGCUUUGUCACAUCCCAAACAUUAGCUCUGGGACUCAAUGGUACCUCAACAGUAGCCAAUCUGAGCGAAUACACUCACCAGGAAUCUGCCCCUUGCAAUAACCUCUGCCAGUCAAAUGGACACAUUGAAGGGAAGAAAAAGUGGUGUCCGGUGUGCCGACUGCUGCGUCCACCGAGGGCAGGACACUGCAGGAUCUGUGGAGCCUGUGUCCUUCGGAUGGAUCAUCACUGUGUUUGGAUAAACAGCUGUGUAGGGCAAGCAAAUCACAGGCAGUUCCUAUUGAUGCUCCUUCUCUUCUUGGUGACAUCGUUUUAUGGGAUCAGUUUGGUGUUGCGGAGUAUAUGUCCACGACAGAGUCUGUUUACAGCUAUGUUAUAUUGUCCUGGAGUUUACAACCAAUACAGCACAGCACUGUGCUUUACAUGUGUGUGGUACAGUGUUGUCAUAACAGGUGGUCUGCUCCACCUGUUCAUCCUUCAGGUCAUCAAUGUUAGUUAUAACAUAACAGAACGGGAAGCUCAGAUCGCCUUGCACAACAAAACCGGCCGACGGCGUUACUGUGGACUGGUGGUGGAGACUGGGAUCUACACACGAGGUUUCCGCCAGAAUUGGAUUCAGUUCCUCACCAUGAACACCGAUGAGAAUGAAUCCUCCCUUGCCUUUACAGACAUGGUAUGACCCAAAGGGAGUAUUAAGCAUAUAUGCAGUAUAUUACAUCUGACAUGUGAAAAACACCUGAAUGUUUGGUUGUCCUCAAAUAGGAACUCGGUCAAAACACUGAGACCUCAUUUGGUCAUGUGUGAAAUGUCAUUUGACACAUUUUACCUAGUUUGCAUCAGGCAGAAUGCUAGUAUUGUUAAUAAUGAGUACUGAAGUAUAAAAGUGAAACUGUCAAUGCAGUCUAAGCAAAAUCUAGUUUAAUACUUCUUGAUCUAUCUUUUUAGUAUUUUUAUUCUGUAAAGUAGUAGUAGUCAUACUGAAUCAAGCCAAAAGUAACACAGUCACUGUGUGUAACCACAGCAGGGUUUUCAUGAAAUGAAACUACACAUUAAACACAACUCUGUAGAGUUAUUAAAGGGAUACUCCACUUUAAAAAAAAAUAUAUGCUCAUGUUCCAGCUCAGUUAAACAUUUGAUUUUUACAGUUUUGGAAUCCAUUCAGCUGAGCUCUGGGUCUGGCAG